CCCGAGGACCUGGCGGACGAGGUGGAGGAGUUCCACGAGGCGCAGUUCCAGGCGGUGAUGGCGGCCUUGGAGAGUGAGGAGGAGGCCGGGAACAGCGAGGAGGAGGAGGAGGAGGAAGUGCUGGGGCUGCAGCUGCCCGAGGAGGACAAAGAGGAUGGAGAAGGUGAGGAGGAGGAGCAGGAGGAGGAGGAUGGAGAAGGAGAAGGAGAUGAGUGUGAAGAUGAAGAUGGGGACCUGUCCAUGGAAAGCGACUUGGAGGAGCACCGUCAGGACACCAAGCUCCCCCACGAGCUCUCCUGGGGCCAGCGUAAGCAGCUCUACUACGACACGGACUACAGGAGCGAUGCCCAGGCCAAGGGCAAGCGUAACCAGCGAGAAGUCGAUGCUGAGGAGGAGGAAGAGGAGCAGGAGGCUCAGGUCAUCCAGAAGCGGUUGGUGCAAGACUUGGGAGAAGAUGAUUAUGGGCUGGAUGUGAUCCAGGGCUAUCUGGCUGAGCAGCAGAAAACCCACGACAGCAAGGGGCAGAAGAUUGACAAGGAUUUGCAGGCGCUUCCCAGGAAGGAGCAGCUGAAGCUACUGAAGCAGGAGUCUCCUGAGCUCCUGCAACUGAUCGAGGACUUUGAAGUCAAGCUAAUGGAGCUCAAGGAUGAACUGUACCCCCUGUUGCAAAUGGUCAAAAAUGGCACUAUCCCGCAAGGCAAAGGUAGCCGCUAUUUGCAGACCAAGUAUCACCUGUACUUGAAUUACUGUGCCAAUAUCAGUUUCUAUUUGGUUUUGAAGUCAAAGAGGAUGCCGGUUCAUAGUCACCCUGUUAUCGAACGGCUGGUUGCUUAUAGAAAUAUAAUCAAUGACCUGGCUGUUAUAGAUCAAAAGUUAUCCUCGCAAGUUCGUAUGCUUUUGAAAAAUUACUACGAUAAGAAGGAAGAUAAACUACGGAAGGAGAAGAAGUUUGCGCUGUUUCUCCCACUGGACGUUAAGAAAAACAAAUCGAAACGUGCUCCCACGCUUGCUAAUGGCCGGGCUACUGCUGACGAACCCUCAGACGAGUCAGACCUGGAUGAAGAGGCUGCCCUAAAAUACUAUAAGAUGAUGGAGGAGAAAUUGAAACUCAAGAGGAAGAGAACCGAAGACCAAGACGUGCUCGACGCAGAAGCGGUGUUGGAAGGAGAGGAUCCGAAUAAAAAGAGAGGUGUGACCUAUCAGAUGAUCAAGAACAAAGGCCUCACGCCCAGAAGGAAGAAGAUCGAUCGCAACCCCAGGGUCAAGCAUCGGGAGAAGUUUCGGCGAGCCAAGAUUCGCCGCAAGGGCCAGGUCCGUGAAGUUAGGAGGGAAUUGCACAGAUAUGCCGGGGAACUCUCUGGCAUUCGUGCGGGAGUUAAGAAAAGCAGGAAGCUUCAAUGA